UACACCUCUAGCCCCGCCCACUGGUCGAGCACGACAGUACUGACGUCACACAAAUAUCGCGGAACCAGAUUAGAGCGAGUAAGCGAUAAACAUGCCGUUAAAGAUCGCCAAAUAUUGUGCGGUGCCUGGUUGUGGAAGAACACAGUCGCUACAUAAUCUUCCGUCGGAUUCCGACAUUAGGAAUGCGUGGUUGAAGUUUAUUUUUAAAGACGUUCCGGCUCACGUGGCUAAAACAUUUAGCGUCUGUUCGCUUCAUUUCACGGCGGAUUCCUUCGUAAACAAGGCACAGGUCGACGCUGGAUUUGCGGAGAGACUACGGUUAAAAAGCUGUGCUCUGCCGUCAAUAUUGGAUCCGACAGGGAUGGCGCAGCAAUCGUACGCUCCAACUAAGCAGGACGUAGCUUGUCAAACAGACACACAGAAGUGUACAUCUCAGGGCACACAGCUGUCCUGUGGAACAUUGGGACUUAACAUCAGAAGCAAAGGAACAGAGACAGGGGUGUGGUGUAAAAGUAUAGGUGUUUCAACCACUUCAUCUGGUGAAACUUUCACACCUUUGGCUCCGCUACCUUGGACUUCAGCACCUCUGAAGGAUUCAAGGCCAAGAAAAAGAGCUCGUCUAGAACUGGAGGGGGAGGAAUGUGCUUCAUUUGAGGUCUUUGAUCAGCAGGACACGACAGCAGUCACCACUGCCACAGAGUCAUCACAACGUCAAUGUAUGUCGACACGGGAGGAUUCAAAAUACAUUGUAUUUGAAAACUGCCUCCUGCAGCUGUUUGAUACCUGCCCAUUGUGCUCGAGACGCUGUGAUGUUCGGGCUCGAAGGAAAGGGACUUUUGUUGCAGUAGAUCAACUGUGCCCACAUUGUCAUUACUUCCGACAAUGGAAAAGCCAACCUGUUGUUGGGAGCACACCCUUGGGCAACCUCCAGUUAUCUGCUGCCAUAUAUUUCACUGGUGGAUCGUUCUUCCAAUUAGAGAAGAUAUUCAACACAAUGCAUGUCAAGACCAUUACACACAGAACUUUCCGAAAGCAUGCCAGCAUGUAUCUGGAACCAGCAAUUAUUUACACGUGGAAGAAGGAACAAGAAGAACUGUUGCAGCAGCUAAGCCAGGGGGACAAAGUCAUUUUGGGUGGUGAUAUGAGAGCGGACUCACCAGGCCAUUCGGCAAAGUAUGGGAGCUACACGGUUAUGGACCUCAAGAGCAACAUCAUCUUGGACAUACAGCUAGUGCAGAGCAAUGAGGUUGCUGGCAGCUACCAUAUGGAAAAGGAGGGACUGAAAAGAAGUCUUGAGUUUCUGGAGGCACACGGUGUGAGGCUUGAAUGUAUCGUUACAGACCGUCACCCACAAAUUCAACAUUUAUUGAGGGAAUGUAAAAUAACACAGUUCUAUGAUGUCUGGCAUCUGGAGAAAGGCCUGUCAAAGAAGUUGGAACAUAUUGGCAGAGAUAAGGACUGUCAAGUGGUGAAAAAGUGGCAGCGUAGCAUAAAGAAUCAUGUUUACUGGACUGCAGCUUCUUCCAAAACAGCAGAGGAGAGAGUAGCGAAAUGGACAUCGAUGGUAAACCACAUUCAAGACAUUCACGUACACGACGACCCAGCCUACCCACAGUGUGCACAUGAAAUCCGUGCAUCGAAGGACCGCAGGAAAUGGUUCCAACAAGGAACUAAAGCACUGAACACGGUCCAAAAGCUUCUUGCAAACAGGAGAAUUCUGAAAGACGUAAAGAAACUCAGCCCUCACUUUCAAACUUCAUCUUUGCAAGCGUUUCACAGUGUAAUUUUACGCUUUGCUCCAAAAACCGUGGUAUAUCCUUAUCAUGGAAUGUUAUGCAGACUGUACUUGGCAGGUAUGCAUUUCAACGAGAACUCCAAUCGUCCUGGAAAACCAACGUAUAAGCCGUUGUUUCCUAAAGCCAAAAAGGGAGAAUACUCUACACGGGCAAUAAAGUCACAGGCAACAUAUCGUUACGUCAAGAAUCUGAUGACAUUCCUUUUUGAAAAGGUGAUCACAGACCCUCUUCACAUGGAAGAUAUUCACAAAAUCAAGGUCCCUGAAACACUCACCUCAAUAUGACAGACCCUCCAAGGAAGAAGCCACCGUUAGGCAUGUUCAGUCAAGGGGAGGUCUAAAUCGACAUAACUGCCUGCAGCAUCAGGAAACUCUUGCCGUAUACACAGGACAACCCAAGACGGGAUAACAACCCUGUUCCUCCUGGCCAGAUAGUCCCAGCACCAGCUCACAAAACUCCUGUAUGCCCAGUGCCCGUAACGUCUAAUGUGAAAGACAUUGACAAAGUCAGAGAUAUUGCUAUGUCUUAUUAUAGUAAAUUGAUGAAAAAAAAUGUAAUAUUUAUGAUGUUAAUAUGUAAUAAAAGCAUACAAAACAUUACAGAAGUUUUUUUCCUCAAAACACAGAUUUUCCAUUGAAAAAUACUAUUGUGUAUAUAAUAAAUGCAAUUACUGUUCUUGUCUUUUUAGGUUGUUACCUGGUUAAGUACUACACACAGUUAACAGCAUGACCCAUUACCCAGACUUUGAGCCAGUUUGCCAAUUUAACACUUUUAAUGUAAAUUUUAUUGAGGAGCUGCAAAACACCCAGUCAAUGUUAUAACCAAUGUAUGUCUAUGUGAAAUAC